CGGUGGUCGGCGUGGCGUGCUCGGCAGCAGUUCUGGACGCCUGAGUGCUUGCAGAGAGCGGACCGCCGCGGGCAGAGUGGGAGGCAGCUGCAUCCGCGGUGUGGGUCGGAGUUGCGGCGUCUGGUUCCCAGAGCCGCAGCGGCACGAACGAAAGGAUGGCCGAGUCCUCGGAUAAGCUCUACCGAGUCGAGUACGCCAAAAGCGGGCGCGCCUCUUGUAAGAAAUGCAGCGAGAGCAUCCCCAAGGACUCGCUCCGGAUGGCCAUCAUGGUGCAGUCACCCAUGUUUGAUGGAAAAGUCCCACACUGGUACCACUUCUCCUGCUUCUGGAAGGUGGGCCACUCUAUCCGGCAGCCUGAUGUCGAGGUGGAUGGGUUUUCUGAGCUGCGCUGGGAUGACCAGCAGAAAGUCAAGAAGACUGCAGAGGCUGGAGGAGUGACUGGCAAAGGCCAGGAUGGAGUUGCCAGCAAGGCAGAGAAGACACUGGGUGACUUUGCAGCAGAGUAUGCCAAGUCCAACAGAAGCACAUGCAAGGGGUGUAUGGAGAAAAUAGAAAAGGGCCAGAUGCGCCUGUCCAAGAAGAUGCUGGACCCAGAGAAGCCACAGCUGGGCAUGAUCGACCGCUGGUACCACCCAAACUGCUUUGUCAAGAACAGGGAGGAACUGGGCUUCCGGCCCGAGUACAGCGCCAGCCAGCUCAAGGGCUUCAGCCUCCUUGCAGCAGAGGAUAAGGAAGCUCUGAAGAAGCAGCUCCCAGGAAUUAAGAGUGAAGGAAAGAGAAAAGGUGAUGAGGUGGAUGGAGUAAAUGAAAUUGCCAAGAAGAAAUCUAAAAAAGACAAAGACAAGGACAGUAAGCUUGAAAAGGCCCUCAAGGCCCAGAAUGACCUGAUCUGGAACAUCAAGGAUGAGCUAAAGAAAGCAUGUUCAACAAACGACUUAAAAGAAUUGCUCAUCUUCAACAAGCAGCAAGUGCCUUCCGGAGAGUCGGCGAUCCUGGACCGAGUUGCUGAUGGCAUUGCAUUUGGGGCCCUGCUUCCCUGUGAGGAGUGCUCUGGCCAGCUGGUCUUCAAGAGUGAUGCUUAUUACUGUACGGGGGACGUCACUGCCUGGACCAAGUGCAUGGUCAAGACACAGACACCAAACCGAAAGGAAUGGGUAACCCCAAAGGAAUUCCGAGAAAUCUCUUACCUCAAAAAAUUGAAGGUCAAAAAGCAGGACCGGAUAUUUCCCCCUGAGACCAGCGCUCCAGUGUCAGUGGCACCCCCUCCCUCCUCAGCCUCAACACCUGUUACUGUGAACUCCUCUGCUCCAGCAGAUAAGCCCCUGUCCAACAUGAAGAUCCUGACACUUGGGAAACUCUCCCGGAACAAGGAUGAAGUGAAGGCCACAAUCGAGAAACUCGGAGGCAAGUUGACAGGGACAGCCAACAAGGCCUCCCUAUGCAUCAGUUCCAAAAAGGAGAUAGAAAAAAUGAAUAAGAAGAUGGAGGAAGUGAAAGAAGCCAACGUUCGCGUUGUGUCUGAAGAUUUCCUUCAGGAUGUCUCUGGCUCGACCAAGAGCCUUCAGGAGCUGUUCUCAGCACACAUCUUGUCCCCCUGGGGCACGGAGGUGAAGGCCAAGCCUGUUGAAGUAGUGGCCCCAAAGGGGAAGUCGGGGGCUGCACUCUCCAAGAAGAGUAAGGGCUCCACAAAGGAGGAAGGUAUCAAGUCUGAAAAGAGAAUGAAAUUAACUCUUAAAGGAGGAGCAGCUGUUGAUCCUGACUCAGGUCUGGAACACUCUGCACAUGUCCUGGAAAAAGCUGGGAAGGUCUUCAGCGCCACCCUCGGCCUGGUGGACAUAGUGAAAGGGACCAACUCCUAUUACAAGCUGCAACUUCUCGAGGAUGAUAAGGAGAGCAGGUACUGGAUAUUCAGGUCCUGGGGCCGUGUGGGCACGGUGAUUGGUAGUAAUAAAUUGGAACAGAUGCCAUCCAAGGAGGAUGCUAUUGACCACUUCAUGAAAUUAUAUGAAGAAAAAACUGGGAAUGCCUGGCACUCCAAAAACUUCACAAAGUAUCCCAAAAAAUUCUACCCUCUGGAGAUUGACUAUGGCCAGGAUGAAGAAGCUGUGAAGAAGCUGACAGUAAAUCCUGGCACCAAGUCCAAGCUACCCAAACCAGUGCAGGAGCUCAUCAGGAUGAUCUUCGAUGUAGAAAGUAUGAAGAAAGCCAUGGUGGAGUAUGAGAUUGACCUUCAGAAGAUGCCCUUGGGGAAGCUGAGCAAAAGGCAGAUCCAGGCUGCAUACUCCAUCCUCAGUGAAGUCCAGCAGGCGGUGUCCCAGGGUAGCAGUGACUCCCAGAUCCUGGAUCUUUCAAAUCGCUUCUAUACCCUGAUCCCCCACGACUUUGGAAUGAAGAAGCCCCCACUCCUGAACAAUGCAGACAGUGUGCAGGCCAAGGUGGAAAUGUUGGACAACCUCUUGGAUAUUGAGGUGGCCUACAGUUUGCUUAGGGGUGGAUCUGAUGACAGUAGCAAGGACCCCAUUGAUGUCAACUAUGAGAAGCUCAAAACUGACAUUAAGGUAGUUGACAAAGACUCCGAAGAAGCAGAAAUCAUCAGGAAGUACGUUAAGAACACCCAUGCAACCACGCACAAUGCCUAUGACCUCGAAGUCAUGGAUAUCUUUAAGAUAGAGCGUGAAGGGGAGAGCCAACGCUACAAACCCUUUAAACAGCUUCACAAUCGAAGGUUGCUGUGGCACGGGUCCAGGACCACCAACUUUGCUGGGAUCCUGUCCCAAGGUCUGCGGAUAGCCCCGCCUGAAGCACCUGUGACAGGCUACAUGUUUGGCAAAGGGAUCUAUUUUGCUGACAUGGUCUCAAAGAGUGCCAACUACUGCCACACGUCUCAGGGAGACCCAAUAGGCUUAAUCCUGUUGGGAGAAGUUGCCCUUGGAAACAUGUAUGAACUGAAGCAUGCUUCACAUAUCAGCAAGUUACCCAAGGGCAAGCACAGUGUCAAAGGUUUGGGCAAAACUACCCCUGAUCCUUCUGCUAGUAUUACUCUGGAGGGUGUGGAGGUUCCGCUCGGGACCGGGAUCUCAUCAGGUGUUAACGACACCUGCCUACUAUAUAACGAGUACAUUGUCUACGAUAUUGCUCAGGUAAAUCUGAAGUAUCUGCUGAAACUGAAGUUCAACUUUAAGACAUCCCUGUGGUAAAUUGGGAGAUGUGAUUCGCACCUGGUGGCUCUGGUAUGAAUGAAUUCACCAAGUGUGCUCUUGCACCAACACACCCAGCGGAAACCUCAACUAAGAUGCUAACGGAUGUUACCUUUGUUAAAUCUCCUUAGAAAGGGGUUUUAUAUGAACAGUUUAAAAGGUUUUUCCCAACUUUUCAAAUCCCUUGUUUUGUGUUGCAUUGGGGGGUUUCAGGGUUUUAUCCAGCUAGGCACAACCCACAUAGAUACAGCUGACACUAGAGGGAAAGUUGGAGAGGUUUUUGUUUUGUUUGCUUAGACUAGUCCUAUGGAAAAAAACAAGCCACGUUACAGCACCUGCCUUACUGGUUUCCCAAGGGACAGAAACAGUGUGUUUCCACCCUUUUUUCUAAGUGUUCAUCUUUAGUUUUAAUUUUGGCAAAAUUUGUGAAGCAUUUAUUUUGAGCUAAAAAUAAAAACUAAUUUCAUACUAUUUAGAUUUUCUUUUUUAUCUUGUUAUUCUUAUUUUAAGUUUUUGUGUUAUUUUGAUUUUUGUUGAUGGAUGUGGGGAGCCCCCAGAACUUUAGUUUCUGUUAGAAACAAAGAGAAAUUUUUCUAGAAAUACUUGAACAUAGAAGAUCUCAGAAUAUGUAGUAUAGUAAAUUAAAAGUUGCAAUUCUUGACUUGCCUAUCAGCAAUUUUGUCUUCCAAAUUAAAACCAUCUAUAAUCACAAUAUAGCUACUCAAGGGCUAAUAGUCAUUCUUGAUUAAAAUGCAAAUGGCUUCUGUA